CUGAACACACAGGUGGACCAACACAACCGGGGUCAGCAGUUCAGUUCCUCAAUAUUUUUUUUGAGACUAGCUGGACUGGAAUAUAUCUGAAGAAGAUAUCCAAAAUGAGUGUUAAAACAAGCACAAAUGUAGGCUAAUACUGAUCUGAAUUCAGACGGGAUUGCUCCGGUAACAUUACGCAGUGACACCGGGAAGUCAGUUUGUGAAAGAUCAGAAUCGGGAGAAGAAAAAAUAAAGUUCACACGCAAGUCAAAGCCAGGCAAGCUCUACGAUGGCGUCCAGCGGCAACGCUGUUUCCAGUCCUAUGGUGAUAUUGGCUCCAAAAACUAAAACCAAAAAGAAACAUUUUGUGCAGCAAAAGGUGAAGGUCUUUCGUGCCAGUGGCCCAGUCUUGAGCGUUUUUAUGUGGGGUGUAAAUCAUUCGAUUAAUGACCUAAACCAAGUGCCUGUUCCUGUCAUGCUGCUGCCUGACGACUUCAGAGCAAACACUAAGAUCAAAGUCAACAAUCACCUCUUCAACAAAGAGAAUCUACCUGGACAUUUUAAGUUUAAAGAAUACUGUCCCCAAGUGUUCCGCAAUCUUCGGGAGCGCUUCGGAAUUGAGGAUCUCGACUACCAGGUGUCGUUGACCCGCAGCCCUCCUGUAAGAGGUGGGGACACCCAGGGGGAGGGGAUCCUCCUGACCUCCUACGACCGCACGCUGGUCAUAAAGCAGAUCUCUAGUGAGGACGUGGCAGACAUGCACGGCAUCCUGUCUGAAUACCACCAGCACAUAGUGAAGUGCCACGGCAGCACUCUGCUGCCCCAGUUCCUGGGGAUGUACCGCGUGGGUGUGGAGAAUGAGGAGACCUACCUGAUCGUCAUGAGGAACAUGUUUAGUCACAGACUGGUGGUGCACAGGAAGUAUGACCUUAAGGGCUCUCUGGUGUCUCGUGAAGCAAGUGACAAAGAGCGGGUAAAAGAGCUCCCCACUUACAAGGACAUGGACUUCAGAAACAACAUGCAGAAGGUGUACGUGAACGAGGAGCAGAAGGAGAAGGUCAUGGAGAAACUCAACAGAGAUGUGGAGUUUCUGGUCAAGCUAAAGAUCAUGGACUACAGCCUGCUGUUGGGUAUUCACGACGUGGGGCGGGCUGAGAGGGAGGAGGAAGAAGGAGAGGAGCCGUCCAAUGAGGAAGAGGGGGAGCCUGAGAACGGCCUGGCGCAGGCCCCUAACAUGGGCUCCUACGGUACGUCUCCUGAGGGCAUCGCUGGCUACAUGGCCUCCUGCAAGCCCCUGGAGCCCGGGGAAUUUGACCCCUACGUGGAUGUGUACGCCAUGAGGAGUGCCCCUGGAGCCCCUCAGAGGGAGGUGUACUUCAUGGGUCUGAUAGACGUUCUGACACAGUACGACACCAAGAAGAAAGCCGCUCACGCAGCCAAAACUGUCAAGCAUGGGGCUGGUGCUGAAAUCUCCACUGUCCACCCAGAACAGUAUGCCAAGCGAUUUCGGGAUUUCAUCUCCAACAUCUUUGCAUAGCAGGACGUUUAUAACCACCACUGCUACUUCCCAUUUAGAUUUGAAUCUUUUUUUAAAAACUUUUGUUCUGCUACACAUUUAUAUCAUGAAACAUUGCCCCAAAAAAAUGUACACACACAGAUUAUUUUAGUCUGAUCUCACACCAGACUCUUUCCAUUAUUGUAAUGUAUUGCUGACUGAUAUUUAUGAGAAGAAUGUGAUAAACACUCGGACUGACUUUGGAGCCAAGGGUACUUAAGCUAAUACUGCUGCUUGUGUCCUAGAGAUGUUACACUGAAAAGGAUUGAUUAGACUUAAUGGGACAACCUGAGAUUGAUACAUUGACUGCUUUUUUGUUGUUUGAAUCCCUGAUUGACCCUUUAACCCAGUCAAUUGAAAUCCUGGGUCAUGUCCAUAUUAAGCACCAGACAGGAGAAAAGGUUUGAAACAGGAAGGUACAACACUACCAAUGACUAGAUACUAACUACCUGAACUUGUCCAGUAAGGAAUCAUGGCUAUUUUAGUGCUACUGAACACGACCCUGGAUUGGUCUGAUCUACUGAGUGAGUAUGCUAAUAUAACUGGACAUGGGAACAUAUCAAUGUAGUGAACCCUACAGUAAAUAUCAGAGCACUUUGUCUCAAAGGGAAAGCCUUGUGGGAUUUGACAUGAACGUCCCUCAUCAUCAUCUCACUUUGGAUCAUAUUGAGUCUGUUUCCCCUAGAAUUUCAGCAGUGGGUAGCUGGGGUGACGGGACAUUCUAGCUGUUCCCAUAGACUUCUAGUCAUUGAGCCAAUGACUUAUCUAUUUAAAAGUGCUUCUGCAGAAAUGAUAUAAAUGUUGCAGCGGUGGUUCCCUGCUGCCGAAUGAAUAUUGUGGAAACAUUGAGCAUUUCGCUAUCAUGAUUGGACUUGGGACCAGAACCAAUUGUUGGACUGAAAGUGUUAUUUUGAAUAUUGAUUGCUGCACUUUUUUUUUUGCUCAUCAAACAGCGUUUUUAAAAGAAGCACUUCUCAAGAAUGAUGGGGAAUAAAAGUAGCUUGAGUGCCAGUCUGUCUGUGCUACCAUACCGACUGCCUUUCACACAUUGUCAUGGCAAACAUGUUUUGUCUUGACAGUGACAGCAAUGGAGUUGGCAAGAUCGCAAACAGAUCUGGGACCAGACUAGAAUUAAAGAUCAGUAGAGAUUGAUGGUCUGUGCUUGGUCAAAUUUGACUACUACUACUAUUAGAUACUCCAUUGAAGAACCAGCUUGGUAUUAUGUGUUACUCGUAGAAUAUAGCACUGCAUUUCAGCUGCUUUAUGCAAUUCGAUAGCCUUAAAUGUGUGAUCUCGAGAUUCCAACUAUAGAAGUUGAAUACACUGUUAGGGCUGAAUAGGUGCAGUAGGAAUAUGUGAUGCCUUGUGACCAUUGUGAUUGCACAGCCUAUAUUUUUGCUAAUCAGCUUUUGGACCAAAAUAUAUUUGACAAAAGAUUUUCUGAAAUGUGUUGGAAUAUUUUUCUAUAUAUUUUACAUGAAAAUGUAGACCUUGUGUAGACAAAUCUCUCAUUUUCCUGUAGUGUAGGAUACAUAAAAUCAGAGUUCAGGCGGCCAGGUCGACUCAAUGAAAACAGCUAACCAAGAUGGAGGAAAGAGAUUUCCUCUCUUGGGGAAUUUAUCCAUACAUGCAUUACGUAUGAUGUGGGAAUAGGGUACCAUUUGGGACGGGGAAAUGGAGAAGUUCAACCUUCCUGUUUACGGUCAGGAUGAAACUGCUAGUUUGGUUGGUACCUGUACAUCGGGGUUAUUCAUUCCUAGUGCAUGUCAGUUGAUAGGGCUGUGCGUUUGGUUCGGGUCAUUUUAGUUUUUAUGCUGGCUAGAGAUAACAGGCAGGGCCCAACAGACUGGAGGAGGUCAAGGACAGGUUUAUCCCCUCUUUCCAGAAGCCAUAAUUCUGCUGACAGACCUCUUCCUGUUGCUUUAGAAAAAGAGAGGAAUUGACUACUCUUAACAAAGGGAAGCAAGCAGGAUGGACAGAGCAAUAGAAAAGAUCACCCAAAAGCUGAGAAAUGCUGACAACCUAGAGAGGGAAAGGAGAGGGGUGGCAGUUGAAACACUACGUUCCAUUCACAUCCCAUUAAUCUGCAAUUAACAUGAAGCUCAGCCAACACAAAUGUUGUUCCUGUGCUUCUCAGUGUCACAACGAGCCCUGGAAGGCUGUAGCCACUGAGCUCUUGAACAAAACAAUGGUGCUGACUGCUCAUUCAUGUUUUGUGUAUAUUUAACCAGGAUAGUCCACUUGGUUACAAAAGCCAUUGCUUUACAGGGAGUCCUGAGUUCCAUAAAAUCAAUAAAAACAAAAAUAUGACAUUAGAAAUGAAAUAGAACUGCUGCUGAUGAGAACUAAAGUUAUACCAACUAAGAUGACAAUGUGUUGUCAAAGGUAUUUUGCAAGAUUUUCCUCUCACCUAACCUGACAGGUGUUGACAACUUUAUCUUACUCAGCAGUUUCAAUCAGAAAACUGACCAGGGGUGGUUGAUUUCCCUCCAAAUUCAUAGCACCAAGAUCAUAAUUGUAUAUUUGCAUAUCAAUGGCCUUAAGAUGAUUUUAGAGCCAGGAAGCUUUCAGGAAAAUGACCCCUCUUAGGUAGAUGAGACCACCCAUUGAAAUCUCAGUAAAAUCAUUGCCUACAGCUGGCUGCCAAGCUGCUGUUGAAGCAGUCCUUUCAAAGUGGGUGUUGAGACAAACCAUCAGAGAGGGGGAUAGGUUGGAAGGGGGUUUGGGUUAAAGGGCUUGCUUCCUCUGAGGUUUGAUUUACCACAGGCUUCCUACGUCCCCCUACUCUCUCUUCCAUUUACCACUCCUCUACGGCUAAGGGGGCUUCCUGGCAUUGUCCUACCCUAUUGACUUUUUUUUGUGUAUCACACACCCUUCCAUACGAACUAAACUGUUUUUGUGUUGUUUUUUUUGUACAGAAAUGUAACCUUUACACUCGUGUAUGGGCCUAUACGGAUAGGGCUCCAUUUUAAAUGUUUUUAUUACAGAAGAAAUAUGAAAA